UUAUUUAAUUUUACUUUUUCACUAAUUAGAGGAAAAGAAUCUCAUAUUUAUAUUAUGAUUUCAAAUGAGUAAGAGAUGAAGCUUCUUCCAAACUGCUUUUUAAUUUUAUCCCACUCUCUGUCCAAACACAGAAACAGAAACAAAAAGCUUUUUCGGACGGGCACUGGAGAAGAGCCAGCUUGGUUAUAAAUUAACAUGGUUGUUGGUAACCAGAUCUGGCUAUGUCUUAGCUUAGUUUUGGGGUCCUUGACCCUUACCCAGAUCUUGCUAUGUCUUAGCUUAGUUUUGGGGUCCUUGACCCUUCUUUCUUACCAAAAGAAGAAAAAAGAAACUAACAAGCCCACUUCUUCUUCUGAUUCCUCUUCUUCUUCUUGUUCUUCUGAAUCCUCCCUUUGUUCUUCUUCUUCUCCUUCUUGUGAAGAAGAAGAAAAGUAUGAUGUAUUUCUUAGUUUCAGAGGUGAAGACACCCGUCAUGGUUUUAUUGGAUAUCUUUAUGAGGCUUUGUGUAAUAAGGGUAUCCAUACCUACAUGGAUGAGCAAACCCUUGAAAGUGGUCAUGAAAUUUCACCGACCCUUAUGAAGGCGAUUGAGGAAUCUAAGAUUUGCAUAACAGUUUUGUCCCAAAAGUUUGCGACUUCUCCGUGGUGUUUGGAUGAAUUGGUGCAAAUACUUAAAUGCAAGAGAAAUGAGAAUGUCCUACCUAUUUUUUAUGGCAUAAAUCCAUCCACUGUACGGGAACAGAAGGAUAGUUAUGCGGAAGCAUUUGCUAAUCAUGAACAUCGUUUUAGGGGCAACAAAAUGGAAAAGGUGAAGCAGUGGAGGGAUGCUUUAACAAAAGUGGCUAAUCUGUCCGGUCAUGAUUCAAAAAAUUUUAGGUAUGAGUGCAAGUUAGUUGAAAAAGUUGUUGGAGACAUUUUAUCGAGAUUGCCUAAGUACCAAUUAACAAAUUAUGGGAACCUCAUUGGAAUUGAAAAGUCUGUCAAAGAAAUUGAAGCAUUAUUCAGCAUUGACGAAAUGGAUAUUCGCAUCAUAGGUAUUUGGGGCAUGGGUGGCAUCGGUAAGACUACACUUGCUAGCAUUGUUUUCCAAAAAUAUUCAUAUUCUCAUUUCGAUGCUUAUUGCUUUCUUGAGGAUACUCCAGAAGAAGGUGGUAAUACAUAUCAUUUGAGAUGUAGACUUAUUUCCAAGUUAUUAAAGGAUGCAGAUCCUCUAUGCACUGACACUCCAGGUGUAGGGUCAAGAUUUAUUCAAGAUAGAUUCCGCUACAAAAAGGUUUUUAUCGUUUUAGAUAAUUUGAAUGGAAGAAGAUCCAAAUUGCAAAAGUUACUUAACGGAUAUCAGUUUGCUAAUGGAAGUAGAAUCAUUGUUACAAGUAGAGAUAAGCAACUGCUUAGUACAUCGGCUCAUGCAAUUUUUACUCAUGCAAUUUACAAGAUGGAGGGGUUAGAUGAACAUGAUGCUCUUCAGCUCUUCCGCUUCCAUGCUUUUCCAUCAAAUUCACAUGCAACAGGUUAUGAGGCUUUAUUAGAAAGUGUUGCACGUUAUGCAAAAGGCAAUCCGUUAGCUCUUGAAGUCUUGGGUUCUUCCCUUAAAUCCAAAAGCAUUGAAGAAUGGGAAAGUGCAUUGGAUAAGCUGAAAACAUAUCCAGAUGCUGACAUUCAAAAAGUGUUGAGAAUAAGUUUCGAUGGAUUAGGUGACAAAGGCAUCCAGGAUAUAUUUCUUGACAUGGCAUGCUUCUUUACUUUUCCUGUAUUUAGAGAAGAUCUAGAAAGCAUAUUAAAUCGCACUGAGUAUUCCGAUGCAGCAAUAGGAAUAAGUGCUCUUAUUGAUAAAUCCUUACUAAUUGAAUAUUUGUUUUCAAACGGAGCACUUUUGGAAAUGCAUGGCUUACUACAACAAAUGGGCCAAGGGAUUGUUUGUGAUGAAAACAAAGAUUUAGGAAAUCGUAGUAGACUGUGGAAAACUAAGGAUGUCCACCAUGUAUUGGAAAAAAAUACAGGAACAUCUACAAUUGAAGGCAUAUUAUUGCAUAUGAAAGACCUGAAAAAGGAUGUAAAAGUGAGCCCUACAGCAUUCUCAAAGAUGCAUAAUCUACGAUUUCUUAAAAUAAUGCUUGAAGAUUACUUCUCUCUCUUUGAAACGAGCUACGAACUUUACACAGAAAAAUGUCACGGACGCAUAAAUCUUCUUGAUGGGCUUGAGUCCUUUGUUUCUGAUGAGAUAAGAUGUUUUCAUUGGGAUUGUUACCCUCUGAAAUAUUUGCCAUAUUUUAGUCGAGACAAUCUUGUUGAACUUAUUGUGCGUGGGAGCCAACUUGAGUUGCUUUGGAACGAAGCCCAGCGGCAGCCACUUGAGCUUGUGAAGUUAAAGAAGAUCGAUCUUAGUUAUUCUGAGCACCUUAUUCAAAUACCAAACUUGUCUCGGGCUAUAAAUCUUCAACAUAUAGAUAUGACAAAUUGCGAAAAUUUGGAAGAUGGCAUAGAAAAUUUUCCAAACAACCUAAGAGUUUUAAAUAUGGGUGGGACAGCAAUUAAAAGUCUACCAGAAAGCAUUUGCAAGUGGAAAUAUCUGGAAAUACUGGAUCUUUCUUACACAAAUCUGAGAAAGAUUUCAGAAAUCUCGGCUCCUAUGGAAUGCUUGGUUAAAAUUUUGUUAAGUGGAACAGAGAUUGAAGAGUUACCCGAGUCAAUUGAAAAUCUGACUGUGCUCGAACAUUUAUUUCUUUGCGAGUGCGAUAAGAUUAAGUUUCUCCCAAACAGCCUGUGUAACUUAAUGAAUCUUAUGGAGUUGUACCUUGAUGGAUGUUCAUCACUUGAAGAAUUACCUCCCCUUCCACAUGGUUUGAUGACAUUGUGUAUAAGUGAAUGUGAGAGAUUGAAAUCAAUAGCAGAGCUUCCAUCAUCCUUAUAUGAAUUGUUCGCAGACGACUGCACAUCGUUGGAGACAAUAUCCAGUUGGGGGUGGCUUCCACGCGAGCCAUAUAUUGACUGCUGCACUUAUAGCUUUAAGAAUUGUCGAAAAUUGGAUGACCACACGUGCAACAAGGUAAUUGCUGACCGAGCACGCCGUCUGUCAUUGCUCGGUCGAGAUGAUGUAGUUUUUCGUAUCACGUAUCCAGGAGAUGAAAUCCCCGAAUGGUUCAGCUGUCAAACCGAUGGUGGGAAGUCAAUCAAUAUCCACCUUCCUCCAAAUUGGUUUAAAGGGGGAUUGACAAUUGUUUUUUGCUCGGUUUUCUAUAAUCGUCUUGAUUCUAAGAAUUUUGAAAUCGUUUUCAAAACCAGUGAUGGCAUGUGUUACAGUCUAGAUGAUUUUGUGUACCGAAAUUUUGCUGAAACCACUGAUUCAGAUCAUGUGUUUAUUAAUUCCGAGCAUUUGCUUACUUCUGAUUGGAGAUUGUCAGAUGUGUUUGGGCCAGAUUGGUCCUCCAUCUGUAGCAACAUUACCGAGGCUUCCUUCCGAGUACGCCACACGUACGGUAUAAAAAAAAGCUUGCGUGCGAGGCUUUUUAUAAGGAGUGAGCAGGAAGACGAAGAAGGUUAGCGAUUGAGGAAGUGAUGAAGAAGAUUGCCGUUCCUAUUAAGAGGCUCUUGAUGAUCUCUGAGAGAUGAUGUGCUUGUGGAACUGAACCAUUAAUUUUGUUGGUCGGAAAAAGCUGACCAGCCAGCAAUGGCGAGGGAGGUGGGUUUUGAGAGUUGCUGCUGAGUUUUUUCUUUGUCGUACAAGUGAGUGAAGUUGAGUGGAAGGGAAAGAAUCAAUCAUCAGGGACAUGUUCGGUAAUCUAUCUAAGCAAUGUGUAAGCUCCGCUUUUACUGCUCGAAUUUGUAUAAAUUACAGACUUACAUUUAAUUUUGACUAAUUGUAUACAAUUAAAUAUUUUAAUUUCAA